GGUCGGCGCCGUUUGAACCAAUUUCAGGAGCAUAGACAAAAUUUCGAAGAAAGGGUGGCAAGCAAGAGAAACAAGCGAGCGAGUCCUCGAUUCCGAAGGCGAGAGGGUGGCGCGCCACCCGAGAAAUUCGCGGUAAAGGGAGGAGGGGCGAAGGCGACCCAACACCAUGGGGGUCGCCGACGAUUUCGCGCCGAGCUUCACCCAGAAGCCGCAACUCAGGCAAGAGGAUGACGGCAAUCGGCUGAUCUUCGAGUGUCAGUUGAUCAGCUCGCCUAAACCGGAGAUAUCAUGGUAUCGUGGCGAGACAGAGCUGAGCCCGGACGCCAGGACCAACUUCAGGAUGCAGAGCAUCGGGACGAACAAGUUCCUGGUGGUCCUGGAGCUCGACGACGUUAUCGAGACCGACGCUGGCCUGUACAAGGUCAAGGCGAGGAACAAAAUGGGCGAGGUCGCGGCUUCGAUUAACCUGAAUUUCAGCCACAAAUCGAUGGAAUCGCGCCAACUUUUGCGAAGAAGCCGGCUAUCAGGCAAGAAGACGACGGUAAACGAUUACUUUUCGAAUGUCGCAUCACGGCUGAUCCCACGCCAAAAGUAACAUGGUUUCACGAUGGAAGUUUGGUUAAAGAUUCACCGAGGCAUAAGCUAACCGUGGAUAAAGAUGGCCACUCGUACUUCGCGACUUUGGAAAUCAAAAAUGUGACCGUCGAGGAUGCUGGUAAAUAUAAGGUCACCGCGAAGAACGAGCUCGGCGAAUCCAACGCCACUAUUUCCUUAAACUUCGAUAAAGAAGGGCCUGGUUUCGCGCCGACGUUCGUCGAGAAACCGCGUAUCAUUCCGAACGAGACCGGCACCUUGAUCACGAUGAAAUGCAAGUGCAAGGCGAACCCGAAACCGGAAGUCACGUGGUUCCGCGGGACCAAUGUCGUCAAGGAAUCUUCCAAGAUUUCCAUCAAGACGACAACUGUGGAGGAGGACGUUUACGAGUUAAUUAUGGAGAUCAAGGAUCCUUCGGCACCGGACGGUGGCACGUAUAGGUGUCACGUGAAAAACGAAUACGGCGAAAGCAACGCCAAUUUGAACCUAAAUAUCGAGGCAGAGCCAGAACCGGAAGGCGAUGGUCCUACCUUCGUUGAGAAACCACGUAUUCAAUCUCAAAAUCAGGGGAAACUCGUAAUCAUGGAUUGUAAAGUGAAAGCAAAUCCGAAACCUGAAAUUGUAUGGACUCACGCCGGCAAGGUGGUGAAGGAGUCUUCCAAGAUCUCGAUUAGUAUCGUUAAAGAAAAGGAAGAUAUUUAUUACAUUAAACUGACUUUGAACGAUCCUGGCCCCGAAGACUCAGGCUUGUACAAAUGUAAUAUUAAAAACGACCUUGGUGAAUUGAAUGCCAAUUUGACGCUCAACGUUGAAAUUAUACCCGUGAUCAAGGAAAAACCGAAGGUCAUAAAGAUUGUGAAAAAGAAGACAGUUAUAGUAGAAUGCCACGUCCUUUCCAAGUUCACGCCAGAAUGUACUUGGUUCAAAGAAACGAAAGCCGUUAAAGAAGACAAUAGGCAUAAAGUCCACGUCGAGCAAGUGAAAGAUGGAGAAUUUACUGUCAAGUUAGAAAUCGAACAAGUAUCAUCUGUCGACAAGGGUGUGUAUAAAUUAGUGGCUCGUAACGAGAAGGGAGAGGCAACGUCUCAAGUUGUAGAAGUGACAGAGAUUAUGGAAGAAGGAGAGAAACCCAAGAUUCUAUCAGGCUUGAAAUCAGCGAGAUUCCACGGUUGUUAAAGCUUCCAAGGACAUCAUGAUAUCUUUCAAUGGUAUAGAUAUGAAACUAACAAUCACGUCUGCCUCCACUUCGUACUCGGGAACAUAUAAAGUAACUGUUAGUAACGAAUUCGGUCAAGACGAAUCAUCAGCGCGACUGGUCGUCGAGAAAAAAGAAGAGAAGAAAGAGGAGGAAGAAGAAAAGAAAAAGAAAAAAGUCGAAAAGAAAGAAGAAGAGAAGAAGGAGGAAAAGAAGGAAGAAAAAAAGGAGGAGAAGAAGGUAGAAAAGAAAGAAGAGAAAAAAGAAGAAAAGAAAGAAGAGAAGGUAAAAAGUUACGGCGAGAAAAAAAGAGUUCCCGAAGAGGAAGAAGAAGAAGAAGAAGAGGAGGAAGAAGAUGAAGAGGAGGAGGAAGAAGUGGUGAGUGUUAUCGAGUCCAGCAUUGCGGAGCCGAUUAUCGACGAACCAGAUUCAGAAAUUUCACAAGUAGAGGACACUUGGAAACCAAAUUUGAAUGAAACAAAUGACAAAACUCAUACAUUGAAACCCGAACAAAAAUCGGAAACGCCUUCGGUUGAUUCGAUUGACAAAGCAGAGCCAGCGGAACCGAAGGCGAACAUGGAGAAAUUUGGACUGCGUAAACCACCGAAAUACGAAAUUAAAGCCGAGAGCUUUCAGUCGGUCCGACUUAAACCGGUUUCGAAGGAGCCGAAAGCACCUGAAAAAGCUGAAAAUGGCAUUAUAAUUGACUUGAAGAAAACUGAGAAAGUGGAGAAGACUGAAGCUAAAAAGGCGAAAAUCACGAAAGCCAGCAAGGAGAAGAGUUACGAGCUUCCAGAGAUCCCAGAUUACGAGAGACCGGUGUUGGAGAAGCCACAAGAAUUCGAUUUCGGUGACCACGUGCCUCGUGAGAAAAGCAAGUUGGAUAGACCAGCCACACAAGUAAGAGAAUCGUUGCUCUCGUUCUUCGUUCCGCUCCAAUUUAUGCAAAACUUUAUCUCUAUAAUGGAUUUAAUACUGUUAUUAGUGUCAUUUAUUUGAGUUACUAAUGAUUCUUGUUUUCCACGCGGCGGGCAGAAGUUCGAUUCCAAGGUGAGUAAUGGCUCGUUAUUAAUACGAGAAUGAGAAAAUGAUUUUGCCAAGCUGCUUCGCUUUACGUCAGAAACAGUAAGAAUUUUGCAAUGUCUCGGGCUAAGUGUGGUCGACGGAGAUUCGUCAAAUUUCGUAAGCUCGAACGUGAUCAAAACGGGGAUACGGUCGUGCCGAUUACGCGAUAUUCACUCGUUUAUCCCAGAGUUGGGUGAUAUAUUACUUUAUUCAAAUAGUAAAUAGUUAAUUUUAUUUUUUUAUAUCAUACGAUUACUUAAGUAUUUUAUUGUAUCGAGGAAAGUUUUUAAAUUAAUAAUUUUAAGGUAGUUUAGUCUUACUAAAAUUAUUGAAAUCAAACGUGUUAUUAAAGAUAUUGUUUAAAUAUGCUUUAAAUUUUUUUUUUUAUUUGAAUUAUUAUAUAUUAUCAUUGGUUUAUUACCAUAACAGUUUCUAAAAAUCAAUUAAUUUUGGAAGUUUUAA